UGAAAAAAAAAUUCAUGGUUACUAUAGUUAACUAUAGUUCGCGAAAAUACUAUAGUUCGCCAUAGUAUUUUUCCGUACGGGAUGUUAUUUUCCAGUGAACCAAUUUUUACAUUUCCACCUCAACAAAACAGCAAUUUUGCUCAAAUAUCACUACAGUUCAUCGCUAUGUUUUACAUGCGCACAUUGCGUAUAAGGAAGAAACGAAUUUGCAAUAAUUUUUUUAUCACGACAUUUCAUUGAGUGUCCAAUUACAUACAUUUUCAUUAGUCAUGCUACCUAGUUAGGCAUGUUUACUUUGAUGCUUCAUGAACCAACAAAUUAUUUUUCAUACGUGCUCGGGAUACAUUCUUGAUUCUUUCCUGAAUUUAUUUCGUUAACAGGUGUAGUACGAGUAUGUACGAGUAGUUGCGUUUAAAAUGCCGAUCGUAUAUUUUGGAGAAUCGACCAGCACAGUUUGCGUGGUAGUUCUUUCUUUUCUCGUGAUCGUAAACUUCUACGACUUGCUUGUUUCCUCGUUGAACGAUGAAAAUCACACGAAUAGACUACUUUCAAGCGACGAUUUCGAAAUGGAAAAAUUACUCAUCCUACUCCAAACCAUUUUAUCCAUAUUUGCAAUCUCGCUCCAUAAGCAAUACACCUCUUUUGCGAUGAACUUGAUAAAAAUUUGGAUUUCUGGACUACUCAUGGUGACAUUAUUUUUUGACAUGACAUACGCUGCCACAACUGCUGUUUAUUUACUCUUCCAACGAUUAGAUAAAUCAGAGGAAAAAUCAAACGCGAAUAAGGAAGUUGAACCGACUCCCCUGCCAGACGUUUCUUGUAUGAUUUUUUUCGCAGAAGCUGUAUUAUUUCUUUAUCUUGUUUUCAAGCUUUACGCCUUCAUUAUUAUGUUCCAUUACGUGGGUACUUUUGCCCACAAGAUAGGGAUACUGGAUUCGUAUACGAACGGUGAAUCGUAUCUCAUAAAUGAAAACGAUAUCGAAAGAAAUACGUCGGAACUACCUGCACCUCCACCUAAAUAUGAACAAUGCGUAGUACAGGACCAAUCUGUACAACCACCUCCUUACAAUAUGGUUUGCAAGUACUGAAAAUUGGAUUUCAAAACUCAAACCAAGUUCGCCAUGCGAUUCGACCGACGAUGUAAUAAUUAUUUUGUAUAGUUUUUUGUAACAUUCGUAAUUUUAAUAAUACACUUGAAUUUUCGUAUUUUCAAUAAUGUGACCACUCGUUACAAUUUUUUACGCGUAACUGACCACGACAAUCAUUCCAAAUGUUUCACUAUCGUGGUCACUUCUGUUUUACAGGAGGUUGUAUUAAUUGCUCUAGCGUAUCUGAUGAUGUCUUUCAGGGUCUUGUAAGUUGAGUUGACUGGUGAGUUGGUUAUAUAAUCAACGUUUUCUUCCUCUAGAUAUUUUCCUAGGUAUCUUCCUUUGAACUAAUGGCAUGAACACAACUCGAUUUUUAGCUGCCCAACUUCAUAUUCACGUCUUCUGGAGCAAAUUCAAAAUUUUGGAGAAAUUGAAAAUCGCGCUGGAGGCUCCAGAAUGCCUGGUAAUGGCAAAAUUCGCUAAUUCUGGACAAAAUACAGCAAUUCGCACAAAUUUCAAAAAAUUCCUCGCACGUGGGAAAUUUUUGAUUUUUGACCAUUUUCCUUAUGUAAAAAUUUGUUCAAAACCCAUUCUUGAGGUAUCCCCUCCAGAAUCGGCUCAAAUGUGGAUAAACUCGUUAAACAGGUCGAGUAUAACACACAACUCGAUUUUUAGCUGCCCAACUUCAUAUUCACGCCUUCUGGAACAUAUUCAAAAUUCUGGAUAAAUUGAAAAAUUGCGCUGGAGGCUCCAGAAUGUCUGGAAACGAUAAAAUUUGGAUUUGGAGAAUUAAUAUCAGUUUUAGGACUUAUUUUGAUCAUUUUUACUGAUCGAUUACGUACUUAAAAAAAAAACGCAUAGAUCAUCAAAAACAGUCGAUUUUGAAUUUUCAAACGUUCGCCAAAAAUCGAAAAAUGAAGUUGGGCAGUUGAAAAUUUGAUGUUGGGGGAUUUAGACUAUGCUUUUCCCAAAAAUCGCGGUCCCGUUCAAAUCGGAGGCGGACACCUCAAGAGGUUCUCUGUCAGGUUUUUCCCACGAUGUUGUCGUAUGAAAAUUCUGAUCCACGUGAGCUUGCACAAGGGACUUCUUUCAUUUUCCCAUUCAAUUGAAUUUUUUAUGUUACAUCUUUCCAGGAUAAUUCAAAUUUUCAUCGAAAAUAAAGAAUUUGAAUAAUCUUUGAAAAAUAUAAUACGAGAAAUUAUGUUGAACGGGAAAAUAAAACGUGCUCCUUGGUUGCGCGCGUGAGUCAAAAUUUUCUCACGACAACGCCGUGGGAAAAACCUGAGCGUCGGAGUAGCGGUUUUUGAAAAUUUGAAAAUUCAAAAUUUUAAUGAGGGAGCGAAACUCAAAACUGGCAGCUAAAAUUUUAGUGCUGUGGUACUUAGGGCCAAGGACUGGGCUAUUACUGAGACCCCUUUCCAUCCAAAUCCUUGGCAGACACUUCAUGAGGUUCCUAGUUAGAUAUGGACCCAAUAGCGUGUCUAAUUGUUUACACUCUUGAAAUAUUGUAACUUUGUAAUCUUUUCACCCGGAAUUUUUUUUAAGGAACCCAUUCAUUCAAUAAUAUGCCAUCUAGGAAUUUUAAAAAACCAAGGACAGGGAAAUUUUACCACUCUUAUUUUUAGUCAUACGAGUAGAAUUCGGCAAGAAUACUAACGAGCACCUAUAUGAUUAGAGACUUUAGUUCUUCGUAAAUUGAUUAGUAACUUCAUGCCCACGUAUGAUUAAAUUACUCGUAAGUACAAAUACGUCUCAAAUUUAUUUCGUUGACAGGUGUCAAUAUUAUAGUAUGUACCUAGACAUUGUUGUGUUCAAAAAUGUGCAUCGUAUAUUUUUAUCGAUCCAUUACCGUCUACGUUAUAAUUCUUCCUCUAAUUCUGAUCGUAAACACGUGCAACUUGAUAUUAGCCCCAUUUAUUUAUGAUAACUAUUUGAAAGAAAUAUUUGUAUUAUUCCGCGAAGAAUUAAACACGGAAGAAUUCUUCAUUCGACUGCAAACAAUUUUAUCUGUAUUUUUAAUCAUACUCUACAAAAAAUAUACUUCAUCGUGGAUUAAUUCGAUCAAAUUUUGGAUUUUUGUAUCACUUCUGGGGACGCUGUUUUUUGAAACGAUCUUAAUAACUAUUACAAUCGUUCUUUGUUCACUCCGCGAAGAUAUUGUAAUGAAACCAUCUGACCAAGUCAAACUUGUAGGAGCCAUAUUCUUACUCUUAUAUUUUGUUUCCAAGUUUUACGUCACUGUUACUUUAUUUAAUUAUGGGAGCAUUUUUGACCAAAGGACAGGAGCAUUGGUAGACUCGGAUUACACACCUACAAAUGAUAACGAUAUCGAAGUGUAUGAAUCUCCUCCGCGUACACCUCCUCCUCAAUACGAGCAAUGUGUAUUAGAAUUUCCACCGCCACCCUCUUACAACGAUAUUUACAUAUAUGUUGAAAGUGUUUUUUGACGGAAAUUUUUAUUUAAAAUUUAAACCUCGAGUUAUCCAGAAUUUCAUUUUAUAGUUUAGUGGCCCAUGUUUUUUUAAUACAAUGAUUUUGAA